AGCGUAUCUCCCCAAUCGCGCCGGCGCAGCCAUAAAGCGCUGUGCAUUGCAUCAUGUCGUUUCUGUCGUCUAACGCCGACAUGGAGGAUCUCGAAGACGAGCUGAUAUUCCAGCAAACGAUACUAGAAACGCUCGAUCCCAGCGAUGGCAAUAGCGGAGAGCGCAGGCAAGAGGUAGAACUGGCCAUUUUAGACCUGGAGCGACGCAUGGCGCAGUUCAACAACGCAGCUUCCCAACCUGUUGCCGCGACUGACACGUCGACAUCAUACAACGCGCCCGGCGCAUAUCCACAAGACAAAGACGACGAAGACGACGACGACAUGAAUGACUUGCCUCAGUUUGACGGCUCCACACCUGCGCCUAACAGGAAUGCGCAACUCAAGAGGACCCGCGACCAAAUGUCGCCGCUGGCCGGCUUCGACAGCAACAAAAGGCCGGCUUCAUCGCCUAUGGGGCCGCCCGGCCCUGUCAACCAGGACCGUCGUGCCGCCUAUCUAGAGAGGCAACGAGAGCUCGAACACGCCGCCCGCCAGCGAAGAGAAUCGGUCGCUGCUGACGCCGCCUUCGCUUCGUCACUCAGCCAGCAAUCAGCCUCAUCACCCGUUGCUGGCCCUUCGCGCAAUCAGAUGUCGCCCAGUCAGAUGGCCCCAGUCUUCAAGCGCACUCCACAAUCGUCCGCACCUGCUCCGUAUCCGGCCCCGUAUGCGGUUCCGCACCCUACAUCAAGCUAUCCACGUGUCAAAGCCGAAGCCCACUCGAGUCCAAGCCAUGCGUACGUCCCAAGACCUGUCAAGCCUGAGUCUCCUCAGCAUCCUGCUCCACUCUCAAGCCGGUUUGGCACUCCCAUGGUCAUAGAUUUGACCGGCGACGACGAACCAGAGUCCCAGCAAGCUCGCAUGCAACGCAUGACAAACCCGGAAGAUGCACUGCGCCGCCGCCACCUCUGGGAACAGAACAAUGCCAGCACUCCCCAGCACAAGAUCGAAAUCAUGAUGAGACAGCGCCGCGAGAUGGAUUUCCGUCAUCAACAAGAGUCUCAACGUCAGGCAGAGAUUGCUCUGCGAAACUCGGCGGGCCAGCAAGACCGCGCCGCUCAUGAUCAUGCUAACUUCAUACGUCUUCAACAAUGGCGACAACAGGUUCAAGCUAUCCAAGCUCACAAUCUCCAAUAUCCGCAUCAGCCUCGGCCUUUCCCAAACCAUGUACCAUACCAGCAGCAGCCGUCUCCUUCCAUUAUUCGUUCGUCACAGCAACCUGUUCCCCGUGCUGCUCACGACGAUUUCUCUCAGUUGCGCGGCCUCAUCAAUGGACGCGGCAGACAACCGAGUUUCGACUCCGGCGAGGACGAACUGCAGUUUCUACGUUCGACAGCCAUUGAAAGACCUCCCUGGGACAUUUACGAUGUGGACAACAUGGAUACCGAGGAAGAGCUUCGCAAACUCAUGGAGAACAUCCAGCCCGACGACGUCUCCAAGAUUGCCAGCGAAGAAGAUGUGCCAGUCGAGGGUCUGACCAUCAAGCUGAAGCCGUAUCAGUUCGCUGGUCUCGAAUGGCUCCAGAAGAUGGAGAAUGGUUCGAACAAAGGUGGCAUUCUCGCCGACGACAUGGGUCUGGGCAAGACUGUACAAGCCAUCGCGCUCAUGGUCACCAAUCGAUCCGAGGAUCCCGUCAACAAGACAACUCUCAUUUUGGCACCCGUCGCCCUUCUCCGUCAGUGGGAGCAGGAGAUUAUGACUAAGGUGAAACCUGGUAGACACAGACUUCAUACCUUCGUUCAUCAUGCAGGCACCAAGAAGAAGCAGCACAAAGAUCUUCGUGAGUUCGAUGUUGUCCUAACAACUUUCGGUACGAUUGCUGCCGAGCUGAAGAAAAUGGAGAAGUACGAGCUUCGCAAGAAGUCUGAUCCUAUGGCUCAGCCUAGAGACGACGAGAAAUGUGUCUUCAUUGGACCCGACUGCAGGUGGUACCGAAUCAUCAUUGAUGAGGCCCAGUGUAUCAAGAACAAGACCACCAAAACCGCUCGUGCCGCUUUCUAUCUUCAAGCUCGCUCCCGGUUCUGCAUGACAGGAACACCAAUGAUGAACAGUGUUGAGGAACUCUACUCACUCAUUCAUUUCCUGCGCAUCAGACCGUACAACAGUUGGCAGAACUUCAGAACCGACUUCAAUCAGCCCCUCAAGGGAAGUAGUGAGCGUGCCCGUCAGUUGGCUAUGCAGAAGCUUCAGGCUUUGCUCAAGGCUAUCCUUCUUCGCCGCAACAAGAAGACAGAGAUCAAUGGCCGCCCUAUUCUGAACCUUCCAGAAAGACGCGUUGAAGAGAUCAAUCCAGACUUCAGUGAAGACGAACGCAACCUGUAUGUUGCUCUCGAGACAAGCUCCGCGGUCAAGUUCAACAAGUACCUCAAAGCUGGCACUGUCAGCAACUCAUACAUGCAGAUUCUUGUUUUGUUGCUUCGUCUUCGUCAAGCUUGUUGCCAUCCGAACUUGAUCAAGGACCUUGGUAUCGUUGCGGCCACCGCUGAGAUCACGCAAGACACGAUGGACGACAUCUGUAGAAACCUCGACCCCAACGUUGUUGCACGAAUCAAGGAGGCCAACGGCACGUUUGAGUGUCCUGUUUGCUACGAUGCUGUCGAAAACCCAGCUAUCUUCACCCCUUGCGGUCACGACACAUGUCCAGAUUGCUUCAGCAGAAUCGCCGAUCCUUCCAACGCACUCGCUGAAGGUGAUGAAGGACGUGUCGCCAAGUGUCCCGAGUGCCGUGGCCCUAUCAACACGAAGAAGGUUAUUGAUUACGAGUGCUUCAAGCGUAUCCACAUGCCAGAAGAAAUCGUUUCUGUCAAGGCUGAGGGAGCCGGAGAUGAUGCUGAUGGCGAAGACAUGGCUGCUGUGGACACUGACGACGAUGAUUCCGACGACGAAGAAGACGAAGAAGAUGAUGAUGAUACUGAUUCUCUUGACGGCUUCAUUGUUGAAGAUGGCGCUGAAGAGGAAAAUGACGAAGAGGCAGCAGAGCGCCGUCAGAAGGCAGCCUUGAAGAAGUCGAUCAAGAAAAAGGGCAAGUCCAAGAUGAGCAAGAAGGCCAAGGGGAAGCUGAAGGAAUCCAGCACGUCUGACAAGAAGAAGAAGGCAGCCACCAUGACAAUUCCGGAGUUGAAAAAGAUGGCCAUCAGAAAACCUUCCUGGCGCAAGAUUUACCUUCGCAUGUUGAAGAAAGACUUCCAACCUUCUUCCAAAAUCGAGCGUACUAUGGAAAUUCUGGAUGGCAUCAUGACUGCGCCCGAGAAUGAAAAGAUCAUCAUCUUCUCACAGUGGACAUCCUUACUCGACCUGCUUGAAGUUCCUGUAUCAGAGAAGAGCUGGGGAUACCGUCGCUACGAUGGCAGCAUGAAUGCCAAGCUCCGUGCUGAUGCUGUCGACGACUUCAAGAACAAACCCACUGUUCGCAUGAUGCUCGUCUCACUCAAAGCCGGCAAUGCAGGCCUGAACCUCAACUGCGCUUCGCAGGUUGUCAUCAUGGACCCCUUCUGGAAUCCAUACAUCGAGGAACAAGCCAUCGAUCGUGCCCACCGUCUUGGACAGACGAGACCAGUCAUGGUACACCGUGUCCUCAUCAAGGAGACGGUCGAAGAUCGCAUCAUCGCCCUGCAAGAGAAGAAGCGUGCCCUCAUCUCUGAGGCGCUUGACGAAAAGGCUUCACAGAGUCUGGGUAGACUGAGUGUCCAGGAGCUGGCCUUCCUGUUCGGCAUCAGCAGAAACGUUAAUGACGCUCUGCCCAACGCUGGUCCGAGGGCUAGAGUCCGUCAGGGCGGCGCUGGUGGUAUGGGUGCUUAAUACACCGACCGGUACAAGUGGAGUUUUAUGGGGGAUACCUUGCUGUUUGCUUCUUUCUCUUUUCUUUUUUCCUUGGUCCUUGUCGACACGAAGUUUUUCUUUCCAUGUUUAUGAUGCCCGAUAUGAUUCACUGUUAUUAUGGGAGGGGUUUCAACGGUACAUGGCUUCUACUAUACAUGAAUUGCUACAAUGCAGAUAAUUACAUGCUUUUAUGACUACAAAGAUGCC